AUGACAAUUUCACAUCAUGAUGGAUGUGGGUGUAAAGAAGCCGACGAAGUAUUAAGAGGAGGAGAAUUUUUGUUGAAAUAUAUGGAUAUAGAAAAAGUUACUGCGUUGAACGAAAAGGUACUUGGAUCAUGCAGGAAAAUAUUAAAACCAUAUGAUAGCAGAUUAUCUCCAGAAAACUGCGAAAGUGACGCAGACAGUGAGUUGAUAAUAAACAUCCCUUUCACUAGCCAGUGCAAGAUUGUAAGUCUUUUUCUUAUUGGAGGUGAGGAUGGUAGUUAUCCCAGGAAAUUGAAAAUUUUUUCAAACAGAGAAGAUAUAGAUUUUGAAAACGUUAACGAUUUUAAGUGUGUGCAAGAAUUAGAGCUCUCAGAGGAUUAUCAUGGAUCGGUUGAAUACCCCCUAAAGGUAACAUCCCUUUUUAAUGUGAGUUACCUGACCCUUUACUUUUAUGAAAAUUAUGGAGCUGAAACGACAAAAAUAUUUUACAUAGGUCUAAAGGGUAUAGGGACAAACUACACCAGGAAGGCAGUUGAGACGGUUUACGAAGCUUCUCCAAAUUUGGCAGAUCAUAAAGUGAAAGGAACAGAAAACGCAACGCACUUUUCCUUCGAUGCAUUUUAG